AUGUCGCAAACGGCUGAAAGCGAUAGCUCAUCGGACAUAACGGAUGAUGGGCAAUACUUCGUGCCUACUAAUGGCACGUACCUCGUUGUUCAGCUCGACCCUGUCAACAUGUUCGACCCGUUAGACGACGCUGGCAUCGCCGCCGCGGUUCAGGCCUUGCGCCCGAAGAAAUAUAUCGCUUAUGUGUACCAUAUCAUGGAGUUACCAAUACCCAAGAGGCCGGAUCACAAGUGUCGCAUUGCACUCGUCGGUCGAGGUCUCUGUCCACAGGACGACGACGCUCGCAUCGACGCGAGUAUGUGUGUACCGAUCUCCCCGGCAACUGAACACCCUCUUUCAAGGAAACCCGUGCCAACUACACCUCCUUUCCCCUUCCCAGACUGCUACCAAUACAGCAUGGCUAUCCCUACUAUUCGCAUCCCAACCAAGCACUUCUACGACCACACGAACGCUGUCUCUAUACCCCUGUAUGAUCGGUUUCCGGUCAAGAUCUACUACAGCGAAGACCAUUGUAACAGAGCCGCGCAAUUGAAGGCGAAGGUCGAGGUCAUCGCCCCACCAUUGCCCGACAAAGCCUCUGAAAAUCAGCACAGCGCGCGCAUAGCAUCGAGCUCGAACACACUGGAGCUCGGCAGGACAGUCAAUUCAGCCUUCGCAACGGUUGACACCCCAAUAGACGUUGCACAACCUGGCGUAGAUACGCGCCAUGGUGAGCCGCAAGUGGCCUGCGGCGCUGAGGACACACGUCGCGGUGACAGUAUCACUGACUCAUCGCCGUCCAAGCCUUCAGCCCCGCGUACCAUGGAAGACGACUCGCAAGACACGUCCCCAGCUCAAGUGCUGUGUCUUCCGGAUGUAGCUGAAGUCGGCAGCGUAGACUCUGCUUCGGCUGAGGCACCGGCUGUCGCGGAGACUGCGCGACUUGCGGACGACGACGGGAGUUCGGGGUCUUAUACUCCUUCCAUGAUUGAAUCAAUCGCUGACCGCCCGAGGUCUUCAAGCCCUGCACCAUCUGACCUACUACAGCAGGUCUUCCUAGGUGACCCCGACGAAGACCGCGAGAUCAUACCGCUCGUCUCCGUCUCGCUGAACCUGUCGGAGGUCAGCGAAGGGAACGAUCCGAUGGAGUUCCUACGAGAAAUGGAGGUCAUCCAGCGGUGA